AAACCUAGGAAACUAAUUCAAAUCGAAAAAGAAACCGGCAGACAUCACCAGACACUUCCAAACUCUUCAAUCCCAACUCUCUAACUGAAAACCGAACACAAAGUCUAACAAACGAACCUCCGCUUGUCUGUGUCUAUCUCCAUCUAUACAUACAAACUCAGAUACAUGUCUUGUUAUUACAUACAACCUAGUAGUCUGUAAUAAUUAUCAGAUUUGUCAUUGGGAACUGGACCUGCAUUACUCAUGUUCUGAAGACCUUCAGUCCCGUGUUGCAUAAAGAUUGUGAAAUCAUAGCAAUCCUCUAGGUUUGCUGAUUCUUUGAUCUUCUUGUUGGAUGAUGACCUGAUUGUGCCUAGUUGCUGACGUCAAAACUAUACUCCAAAUAGUAAAAAUAAGUCACAAUCUCAACUGUUUCUCCCACUCUCUGUUUUCUUUUGGUUUCUAGUCGGUUACUGUGGUUAUUUUAUAGUUAUCUCUGGCAAUAGCAAUAUCUUAAGAUAUGUGUUUUUUCCAUAAUGGCUUUCAUGCCACACUCAUGGUAUUGCGGUAUUGACAUUUGUCCCCAUUGAGGUGGUGAGGUGUGUGUGUGGUAUGGAACAUCCGACUAAUUACAAUCAUGUUCCAUACAAUGACAUUGAUCCUGAGAAUAAAGCAUUUGAAACUUCGUCUCAGGGAUUUAUUAUGGACCCAACAGGUCAUGUAAAUUCCAAUUUGAGGCCUCCAGAGCUUGUACAUCAUUACUCUAUACAGACAGGCGAGGAGUUUGCUCUCGAAUUUAUGCGUGACAGGGUAAAUCCAAGGACACCAUUUGUUCCAUUAGCUGGUGGUGGUUCGGGUCUUACAACAGGCUAUUCAGAAGGCAUUAUAGGGAGUAGUCAUGUUGUUUCUGAAACGGGUUUGAGAGUAUCUGCACUAAACGUUGUAGAGCAGGGCUCCAAACACUUUGAACAUAGAAACUCUUCCUUUUAUGAACCAAGCAAUUAUGGAUCUGUGUCAUCAGUACCUCGUAAUCAUUCUGCUUACAGCGAUAACCUAAUUCCUCGUGAAUACGCCUCUUCCGGAACAUCUGACGACUCAUCCAAAAAGAUUAAGGUCCUCUGCAGCUUUGGUGGUAAGAUCCUGCCUCGUCCUAAAGAUGGAAAGCUCAGAUAUGUUGGGGGAGAAACACGCAUUAUACGUAUAAGCAAGGACAUCUCUUGGGAGGACAUAUGGCAGAAAACUAGAGCAGUCUAUAGGCAAACCCAUACCAUUAAGUAUCAGCUUCCUGGGGAGGAUCUUGAUGCUUUAGUUUCCGUAUCUUCAGAUGAGGAUUUACAAAAUAUGGUGGAGGAGUGUAAUGUUCUUGGAGAUGGGGAAGGGCUGAAGAAACUCAGAAUGUUUCUAUUUUCGAUGGAUGACUUAGAUGAUACUCAUUUUGGUCUGGCUAAUCCCAGUGGUGAUUCUGAAGUGCAAUAUGUAGUUGCUAUCAAUGGAAUGAGUUUUGGAUCAAGAAGGGACUUAUCAUUGGAUGGGAUAGCAAGCUCAUCGCCAUAUAAUUUUGACGAGACUGAUGGAUUGAAUGUUGAAAAGAAUACAGGUAGAGUUCCACACGAAUUUGAUGAAAAUAAUACUUCAUACUUUACAGACUUUGCCGCCUCACCAUUGGCAGCUGAAUCAUCUCACCCGCUUUCAUCGAUACCUUCCAAUAUUCAUGAAACUCACUCACGCACACAGUUUUCUCAAGGCCUGCUGAAACUUGGAGAAAAUGCGCCACACAACUUGCAGUAUGUUCACGAACAGCAUAGUUCUAAUUAUACACCCUCAGGAGAUAGUUCUGUUCUGCAUCCGUCUCAUGUUAGUGGGCUACCAGAGGGACAGAGUUCUAGUGGUGUAGGUUUACAAGAUGUUCAAGUACGAGGAAGAGGAGCAACAGUAAAAGGUGAUUAUCCAAGUCCACAAGACUACAAACAGUCAAAUGAUACAAGUGAUCCCGCAAAAGUACAACAGUCGAAUGAUAAAGAAUUGGGCACACCCAGUAUCACAGUCGCUCCUGAAGAAGCAAGCUCAGACUCCAAUCUUAUCGAUUUAAGCUAUUUGGAGCCUCCUGUACAGAGUCACUUCCGUUCUGAACGAUAUCCCCGAGAGCAGGCAGAGUCGCUAAAUAGGUUAACUAAGUCAGACGACUCCCUUGGCUCUCAGUUUCUUGUACCAAAUUCUGAUCUUGGUAAGGAUUCCAAGACAGAGUUUGUUGACAAUUCACCCGUCGAAAAUUUGGACUCCCAUACUGACCAGUCCCUUUCCAGAGCAAAGCUUACUGAUCCUAGAAUCAGUGAUAAUGCCCUUGCAAAAUCUCAAAGUUUAAAGGCUGCAGCACAGGAGCAUGCUAGUGAAAAUGAUGCUCUAAUUGAAAACGGAGUGCCUAAGGCUGGCUAUGAACCAAACUCCAUUAAUGAGAACAUAAAUGAUUCUCUAGUUAGUGAAAAUACAAAGGUUGACUGCCAUGAGGAUCCCCCAUCAAGUCACCCAGACUAUCCUUGGGCUGACCGGUCUAGAAGUGAUAUCUCUGCUUAUGAAACUUACGGUAAUUCAGGAGAACCCUCAGCUACUAUUUCCAUUCCUGAAAGGGGGGACAUCUCUAUUGAUAUAAAUGACCGAUUUCCUCGAGAUUUCCUUUCAGAUAUAUUCUCUAAAGCUAUGCUUUCUGAGGAUUCUUCUGGUACAGGUCCGCUGCAGAUAGAUGGGGCUCUGAGCCUGAACAUGCCAAACCAUGAGCCUGAACACUGGUCCUUCUUCCAGAAAUUAGCGCCAAAUGUGUUUGAUCAACACGAUGUUUCUCUUAUGGAUCAAGAUCAUCCUGAUUACUCGUCUAGACUCCCAAAAGUCAAAGAAGACUCUUCUAGAACUUACAAAAAUAUCCUUUUAGCAAAUAGUCAAAUCCCUUCAAGCCAAAUAAAUUCGCAAAAUAAUUUUGGUGAAGAUGAUCAUAAAGAGUUACCUGACUCAGUUGUUGAUUCAACCACCGAUUUUCAUUCGGAUUACAAUCCUUCACCGUUCACACACAGUGAAGCUAUGCAGUUUGAUGACAUGGCGGAAGACGGAAUAAUGCAAGACUCUGAGUAUGAGGGUGGGAGCAGGAAAGCUGGGUUACCUCCCAUAGAUCCUUCUCUGGGUGAUUUCGAUAUCAGUUCUUUGCAGAUAAUAAAAAAUGAAGACCUUGAGGAACUAAGGGAACUUGGUGCUGGCACAUUUGGAACAGUAUAUCAUGGAAAAUGGAGAGGAACAGAUGUUGCAAUAAAAAGAAUAAAGAAGAGUUGCUUUGCAGGUCGAUCAUCAGAGCAAGAAAGAUUGACCAUGGAGUUCUGGGGGGAAGCUGAAAUUUUGUCAAAACUUCAUCAUCCAAAUGUGGUCGCAUUUUACGGUGUGGUGCAAGAUGGGCCAGGGGGGACAUUAGCUACUGUGGGAGAGUACAUGAUUGAUGGUUCUCUAAGGCAUGUUUUACUUCGUAAAGACAGGCAUCUUGAUCAUCGAAGGAAACUCAUCAUUGCCAUGGAUGCAGCCUUUGGAAUGGAGUACUUGCAUUCAAAAAAUAUUGUGCAUUUUGAUUUGAAAUGUGACAAUUUACUGGUCAACUUGAUAGACCCUUCCCGGCCCAUUUGCAAGGUAGCUGAUUUUGGCUUGUCAAAAAUUAAGCGAAAUACCUUGGUCUCCGGGGGAGUACGGGGGACCCUCCCUUGGAUGGCCCCAGAGCUGCUCAAUGGGGGUAGCAAUAAAGUUUCUGAAAAGGUCGAUGUUUUCUCCUUUGGUAUUGUCUUAUGGGAGAUUCUUACCUGCGAGGAGCCUUAUGCUAACAUGCACUACGGUGCAAUCAUAGGAGGAAUUGUGAAUAACACUCUUAGACCAGCUAUCCCAAGCAAUUGUGAUCCUGAAUGGAGAAGGCUCAUGGAGCACUGUUGGUCUCCAAAUCCUGUGGUCAGGCCAUCUUUUACUGAAAUCACCAAUCGUCUACGUGUGAUGACUAAAGCUUGUCAAACAAGAGGACAGGUUCACAAGGCAUCUAAUUAGUGAACUGAUUUAUUUUAUUCAUGUUUUUUAACGAAAAUUAUUGCGAUAUUUUAUUAAUUCAAGGUACUAAUGCAAUGAAUGCGAACUAUAUUCCGAUCAGGGGGUUUCAAGAUUUCCUUUGAAACUAAACUCUGUUUUGAUGAA